UUUUGCUAGACGAAUAUUUAUUUUGAAUGGUUUUAGUUUAUGUUUCUACUUGCCAGUGAAAUUGAACAUUCUGUCAUAUAAUUUUUCCAUUGGAGUUUUUUUCAAAUGAGUAUGUGUGAGCACAGGUUUUUGCAGAUUCACUUGUAUGUGAGACCUGUGUGGGAAGGUCUUGUUUAUGUCGGGGGGUGGACUACAGAUAACAAACAACAGCCCCUUGCCCCCCUCACUGAAAACGAGCUGUGCAUCUAGACCUCUGUCUUCCCGCAGUGCCGCCAAGCUCCUGGACAAGAACCCGUUCUCGGUCAGUAACCCGAACCCUCUGCUUCCUUCACCUGCCAGUCUCCAACUGGCUCAACUGCAGGCCCAGCUCACCCUCCACCGGCUGAAGCUGGCACAGACAGCUGUCACCAACAACACUGCGGCCGCCACAGUCCUGAACCAAGUCCUCUCCAAAGUGGCCAUGUCCCAGCCUCUCUUCAAUCAACUGAGGCAUCCGUCUGUGAUCAGCGCCCCCCACGGCCAUGCUGGGGUGCCCCAACAUGCUGCAACCAUACCCAGUACCCGGUUUCCCUCUAAUGCAAUUGCCUUUUCACCCCCCAGCCAGACACGAGGUCCUGGACCCUCCAUGAACCUUCCCAAUCAGCCCCCCAAUGCCAUGGUGAUGCAUCCUUUCACUGGGGUAAUGCCUCAGACCCCUGGCCAGCCAGCAGUCAUCUUGGGCAUUGGCAAGACUGGGCCUGCUCCAGCUACAACAGGAUUCUAUGAGUAUGGCAAAGCCAGCUCUGGCCAGACAUAUGGCCCUGAAACAGAUGGUCAACCUGGCUUCCUGGCAGCCUCGGCCUCAACCUCGGGCAGCGUGACCUAUGAAGGGCACUACAGCCACACAGGGCAGGAUGGUCAAGCUGCCUUUUCCAAAGAUUUUUACGGACCCAACUCCCAAGGUUCACAUGUGGCUGGUGGAUUUCCAGCUGAACAGGCUGGGGGCCUGAAAAGCGAGGUCGGGCCACUGCUGCAGGGCACAAACAGCCAAUGGGAGAGCCCCCAUGGAUUCUCUGGCCAAAGCAAGCCUGAUCUCACAGCAGGUCCCAUGUGGCCUCCACCCCCCAACCAGCCCUAUGAGCUGUAUGACCCCGAGGAACCAACCUCAGACAGGACACCUCCUUCCUUCGGGGGUCGGCUUAACAACAGCAAACAGGGUUUUAUCGGUGCUGGGCGGAGGGCCAACGAGGAACAGGCGUUGCUCUCUGUGCGGCCCCUGCAGGCUCAGGAGCUGAACGACUUUCACGGUGUGGCCCCCCUCCACUUGCCACAUAUCUGUAGCAUCUGUGACAAGAAGGUGUUUGAUUUGAAGGACUGGGAGCUGCAUGUGAAAGGGAAGCUACACGCUCAGAAAUGCCUGGUCUUCUCUGAAAAUGCUGGCAUCCGGUGUAUACUUGGUUCGGCAGAGGGAACAUUGUGUGCUUCUCCUAACAGCACAGCUGUUUAUAGCCCUGCUGGGAAUGAAGAUUAUGCCUCAAAUCUUGGAACAUCAUACGUGCCCAUUCCAGCAAGGUCAUUUGCUCAGUCAAGCCCCACAUUUCCUUUGGCUUCUGCGGGGACAACUUUUGCACAGCGGAAAGGGGCUGGCCGCGUGGUGCACAUCUGCAAUCUCCCUGAAGGAAGCUGCACUGAGAAUGACGUCAUUAACCUGGGGCUGCCCUUCGGAAAGGUCACCAAUUACAUCCUCAUGAAGUCGACUAAUCAGGCCUUUUUAGAGAUGGCUUACACAGAAGCUGCGCAGGCCAUGGUCCAGUAUUAUCAAGAAAAAUCUGCUGUGAUCAAUGGUGAGAAGUUGCUCAUUCGGAUGUCCAAGAGAUACAAGGAAUUGCAGCUCAAGAAACCCGGGAAGGCUGUGGCUGCCAUCAUCCAGGACAUCCAUUCCCAGAGGGAGAGGGACAUGUUCCGGGAAGCAGACAGAUAUGGCCCAGAAAGGCCACGGUCUCGUAGUCCGGUGAGCCGGUCACUCUCCCCGAGAUCCCACACUCCCAGCUUCACCUCCUGCAGCUCUUCCCACAGCCCUCCGGGCCCCUCCCGGGCUGACUGGGGCAAUAGCAGGGACUCCUGGGAGCACUCUCCCUAUGCCAGGAGGGAGGAAGAGCGAGACCCGGCUCCCUGGAGGGAGAACGGGGAUGACAAAAGGGACAGGAUGGACCCCUGGGCACAUGACCGCAAACACCACCCCCGGCAACUGGACAAGGCUGAGUUGGACGAGCGACUGGAAGGAGGGAGGUCCCACCGAGAGAAGUACCUGAGGUCUGGAUCUCCCAACCCGCCCCACUCUGUGUCCAGCUACAAAAGCCGCGAAGAUGGCUACUACCGGAAAGAGCCCAAAGUCAAGUUGGACAAGUAUCUGAAGCAGCAGCAGGAUGGCCCUGGGAGGUCCAGGAGGAAGGACGAGGCCAGGCUGCGGGAAAGCAGACACCCCCAUCCCGAUGACUCAGGCAAGGAAGAUGGGCUGGGGCCAAAGGUCACUAGGGCCCCUGAGGGCGCCAAGUCCAAGCAGAAUGAGAAAAAUAAAACCAAGAGACCUGAUAGAGACCAAGAAGGAGCUGAUGAUAGAAAAGAAAACACAGUGGCAGAGAAUGAGGCUGGAAAAGAGGAACAGGAGGGCGUGGAAGAAAGCCCUCAAUCAGUGGACAGACAAGAGAAAGAAGCAGAGUUCUCUGAUCCGGAAAACACAAGGACAAAGAAGGAACAAGAUUGGGAGAGUGGAAGUGAGGCAGAGGGGGAGAGCUGGUAUCCCACGAACAUGGAGGAGCUGGUGACAGUGGACGAGGUUGGGGAAGAAGAAGAUUUUAUCAUGGAACCAGACAUCCCAGAGCUGGAAGAAAUUGUGCCCAUUGACCAGAAAGACAAAAUCUGCCCAGAAACAUGUUCAUGUGUGACAACCACCUUAGACCUAGACCUGGCCCAGGAUUUCCCCAAGGAGGGAGUCAAGGCCGUAGGGAAUGGGGCUGCAGAAAUCAGCCUCAAGUCACCCAGAGAACUGCCCUGUGCUUCCACAAGCUGUCCCAGUGACAUGGACGUGGAAAUGCCUGGCCUAAAUCUGGAUGCUGAGCGGAAGCCAGCUGAAAGUGAGACAGGCCUCUCCCUGGAGGAUUCAGAUUGCUACGAGAAGGAGGUAAAGGGAGUGGAGAGCUCAGAUGUUCAUCCAGCCCCUACAGUCCAGCAAAUGUCUUCCCCUAAGCCAGCAGAGGAGAGGGCCCGGCAGCCAAGCCCAUUUGUCGAUGAUUGCAAGACCAGGGGGACCCCUGAAGAUGGGGCUUGCGAAGGCAGCCCUCUGGAGGAGAAAACCAGCCCCCCCAUCGAAACCGACCUCCAAAGCCAAGCUUGCCAAGGAGUGUUGACCCCGGAAAACUCCAGGUAUGUGGAAAUGAAAUCUCUGGAGGUGAGGUCACCAGAGUACACUGAAGUGGAACUGAAACAGCCCCUUUCUUUGCCUUCUUGGGAACCAGAGGAUGUGUUCAGUGAACUUAGCAUUCCUCUAGGGGUGGAGUUCGUGGUUCCCAGGACUGGCUUUUAUUGCAAGCUGUGUGGGCUGUUCUACACGAGUGAGGAGACAGCGAAGAUGAGCCACUGCCGCAGUGCUGUCCACUACAGGAACUUACAGAAAUAUUUGUCCCAGCUGGCCGAGGAGGGCCUCAAGGAGACGGAGGGGGCAGGUAGCCCGAGGCCGGAGGACAGUGGAAUCGUGCCACGCUUCGAAAGGAAAAAGCUCUGAUGCUCCUGCUUCUACUGCUGCUGCAAGGUUGGAAAGGAGAGCUUGCCGAAGCGGCGCCUUCCUGAUUCUGGGGACAGGACUAAAGCCUGAGAGGAAGGAAAACCAAGCAGGGCACAUUGCUUGCGUUUGUUCCCAGAGACUCAGUGAAAUGCCCCUGAAAUGUCUCCAGGAGCCAAGUCACCCAGGUGUGUCCAGCCCACUGAGGGCCACCAACUCUCUCCCUGUUGACUCUUGUUUCUCUCAAACCAUCUUUCAAUUUGUUUUUCUCUCUUUUCCUCUUGUUCUCUCUCUCCCUCUCUCCUUAUGUGCCAAGAAUCAUUUCCUUUUCACAAAACCCAACUUCUCAGGGAUUUUCACAGUGUUUAAAUUCUUGAUAGGAUCGAAUACGUCAGGCCUGGCUGAGUCACGCAAGGAAAAGGUUUAAUGGAAACUCCUGGGUCAGGCGAACCCCUGCAGUGAGUCUACAGCAGUAUCUCUGUCUGGUGUCCUGUGUAUCCCCUGCGUUGGGGAGCUGAGUCGGGUCUGCAGUCCCGAUGAGGGGACAUCACGGACAAUCUGUUGGCAGAGCUGGGAGGGACUUCAUUAACCUCUUCCUCCAGCUGGGCCACCCUUUUGAAAAGCCCCUGUUUUUAAUAACUCUUUCAUCCUCUCAGUUCUUCUAGAAGUCUGCCAGACUUAUGCCUUAAAGUAAAAUAAAAUGAAUUUUAGAGAAGAUGAAAAGAGCCCUUCAUUGUGGAAGCUCUGAUAAGUUUCCUCCAAACUUACUUCCCUCCUCUUGAUUUUAGGAGAUGUCAGGGUUUGUUCUAUUCUGGACAAUGAAUUUGGUACAAAUUCACUAUAAUUAAAAAUAAAAACAGAAGCAUCUUCCUCCAGCUAAAGCAGCAGUUGGCGUGGGUUUAGGUGGAAUGCUGGCCUUUCUGCAAUGUGUAGCAUUGGCUUGAGACACAGUUCCAGGCUGUGGAAAACAGAGUUGUUUUUGGGGGUUAAAUGAGCUUAUUUAAGUCAAGGAAACAUCAUCUGUCCUUCACUCAGCCGUAGUGCCUGCACUCUGGGGUACAACCUCCUCUCAAUGGGAUGGUUUUUAAAUGGCCCUCCAGUUGGGGGAGAAGCUAAGGAAAGAGAAGGCUGCAGAGCCAAAGAGUGGCAUUGAAGUUUGCUGGGUGUCUGUAGGUGGACCCUUUCCAGCUGGGCAGAUAGUUGAGGGUUCCUUGGGUUUGACUGCCUGUGCAGACUUUGAUACCAAAAUGUUAUGAAAAGUCCUGAUUCCCACUGCUCUUUCUGGUACUGGAGGGUGGGUACCUUCAGGCUGUGGGGUCUGUAGUCUGAUAUUCCAUUGAAAGGGUAUGGGAUAAAGGUGCUGGGGGAAAUGAGGCUUGGCCACAGCCAUAGAGAGGCCCUCGGGCAGGUAAGAAGGGGGCCUGGAGCUGUUUUCCUAAGCUGAGAUACUCUCCUGAAAGCACCCUUCAUAGCUUAGCCCAGGAAAAAUAAAACAAGGAAGACAGGUCACUCUCCCCUAGGCAGUUCCUGUUGUUUCAUUCCUGACCUUGGGCAGGCAGAUUGAGAAGGGACUGUGUAGGGUUUUGUUUUGUUUUGUUUUCAUUUUCCUUUUUAUGGCAUGUGAGAUCAUACUGCACAUUCUGUCCUCUGUACUAAUAGAGGAAGGGCAGAGAGAUUAGUUCAAGGCUGACAUUUUAUAUCAGGUAACUGAGGCACACAAAGGGAACAAAUGAAGAACAUAAAAUGAUCAGUGUAAACCUGAAAGCAUGCAGUCAUUGGCAAGGGACAUACUCAUGGGAGCUGGUGAGAGAGAACAGUUAAGGCAAGCACCAGGUGAAAGCGGACCAGCUUGAACAGGUGUGAUGCGGAGACGUUGGAAGAAGCAAGAAACCUGAACUCAUCAUCAUCAUCAGACUAUUAAAUAAAAUUUAUAGGAGGCUGUUGGUUUGAACUGAGCUCCUGCACUAGGCCCAACAGACCAAAACAAAAGGGAGUCACUCAUGUUAAAGUUCUGUCUUCCAAGAAAUCAGGAGAGAGAGAGAGAGAAAGAGAAUAGCCAAAUCCCCAAACAGGCCAGUUUUAACCAGCAUGAUGAAGAAGUGUCCUUGGUUUUAACCUUUAUAAGGAAAGCAACUUUGAGAUGACCAGUCUGGUUUUUGUUCUUUGUGUCUGCUUUCCUCAGCCCUUUUCUGUCUAUAAAGCCAACCUCCUCCGCUCAGCUCCUGGGAACACUCAUUCUAUUUUAUAGAAUGACGUGUUGCCCAAUUCUAGAAUCAAAAAUAAAAGCCAGCUAAGAUCUUUAAAGUAAAUUUGUUGUAAUUUUAUCUUUUGAGAAGACCAUAUGGGGGCUGCUGAAAAGUUGGUAUCUCAAAUAAAGUCUGAAGAUCGUGGCUCAGCCCAGAUUGUUCCCCUGGAACUCCACAGGUUUGAACCUGGCAUUCUGGACACCAGCUCUGCCUCCUCCAUUUCUCAGAAAACCUUUGAUCUUGUGUGUCUUUCUUGCCACUGAAGGGAAUUCUGGGGGCAGUUCUUUGGCCUUCUUGCUGAACUUUGCUGGACAUAGCGUACAAUUUUUAUGGGGCAGUUCUUUGGCCUUCUUGCUGAACGUUGCUGGAAAUAGCAUACAAUUUUUAUCAGAGGCUAGAACUGUACAUUAUCGGAGAGACUGGACACUUUAUCCCCUAGCAAAGUGGGAGCAGACUUCACCAGCUCAUUCUGCUUCACCCCUGCCUUCCCCCAACCCCCAUCCCCAGCAGCAUUUCCAUGGAAAUCCAGAUGGUCGUGUAGUGUUAUGGCUCCCAUGUGAUAGACUGGCCUUCAUAUUGGAAAGCUAGGGAGGGCCCCAGGAGGGAGAGAGAUAAGGCACUAUCUGCAUUCAAUCAGAACCUUCAGUUUAAAAUCAUCUAAGAGUCUAUACUUGUGUGUACAUAUGUAUUUAUUUUUAUUUAUUUUUAUACAUUUCCAUUGGCAUGGUCCUUCACCGACCCUAUGAUUUGCACUUUUUAUUCCUACGUGUGCCACACACAAUGCAGUAUUAAAGGCAACCAGGAAAAUAUUGAUUUGUUUUUUAAAGCUUUUUUUCAGUGUUUUGUCAGCCAUUUCAAAGUGUCUCCCAGAAAACGAUGCUGAAGAGCAAUUGCUACCUUGAGCAACAGAUUCCUAUUUACUCCAGGUUAAUAUAACAAAAGGCCUGUAUAAUUUUCUUUUCAUUGUUAACACCCAAAAUAGCAUCUAUCUAGACAGUAUCCCCAAAGAAUUUGGAAAAUUUGAUGGUGUGAGCAGCAGCAAUUAGUAUCAGGGUUUCCCAUUCUUGGACAGUCCGAGGCUGUGACCUGUUAGAUAAUUAGAUUAUACUUGAACUGGACCAGAGUUUGUUUUUUGAAUUUAUGAGAAAAACAAAAACACUAAGUUAAUUUAAGUUUGAACUUGUAAAGUAUUGAAAUUCGUUGAGUGUCCUAUAAAUUGUCACGACUUUUCCUGAUCUGUAUAACUGACUGCAAAGUGUUUGUUUUUACAAAAGAGAAAAGAAAAGAUUUUUAAUAAAGAUAAUUUGAAAGCUGUGA